UCAAAGUCCUUUACAAGGAAAAAAAAGGCUUACUACAAAAGCAAAAACAGUGUUUUGUUUUUGUGCUUGUACGUUUAACAAAAGGAUUCUUUCUUUCUCCGUGUCUGUCUUUGUUAUCUUCUCCAAAAGAUAAAAAGAGAGGAGGAGAACAUUAUUAUGGACUGUGAUUUAUCUCUAUAUCCUCUUUCUCGAAUUCUCAGCUCAUUUUGUCCCAUUCCCUGCAUCAACUUCCGGCAGAUGAUGUCAUCUUUCUGGCAGCAGUUCCCUCUUCUCUAAGCUCUUCUCUGCUCUUCUUUAGCAUCAAGAGUUUUGAAUCUACAAAAAGCUAGAGAACCAUACCAUAUUGUGGUCCGUGGUGGCCAUUUGAAUUGAAACAAAGACGAUGGGGCAUUUUUCAUCAAUGUUCAAUGGAUUGGCAAAGUCAUUUACAAUAAGAAAAGUGAAGAGUAAUGGGAAUGGUGAUGGAAGAGAAGCCGCAGAGGCAAUGGCGAAAGAUGCAAAGAAGAAUGAAAUGAUCUUAAGAUCAUCUGGCUGUGUAAAUGUUGAUGGAUCGAAAAAUUUUGCCUCAGUUUUCUCAAGGAGAGGCGAGAAAGGAGUGAAUCAAGAUUGCUGCAUUGUAUGGGAGGAAUUUGGGUGUCAAGCAGACAUGACAUUUUGUGGGAUAUUUGAUGGCCAUGGUCAAUGGGGCCAUUUUGUGGCGAAGAAAGUCCGAGAAUCGAUGGCUACAUCUCUUCUGUGUAAUUGGCAGGAGACUCUUGCUCAAUGUUCACUUGAUCCAGAUAUUGACUUGGAAUCGGAUAAAAAACAUCAAAGAUUCAAUAUGUGGAAACAUUCCUACCUAAAAACUUGUGCUGCUGUUGAUCAAGAGCUAGAGCAGCAUCGGAAAAUAGAUUCAUUCUAUAGUGGAACAACUGCCCUGACAAUUGUUAGACAGGGUGAACAUAUUUUUGUAGCAAAUGUUGGCGACUCUCGCGCUGUAUUGGCUACAACAGCAGAUGAUGGAAGCCUGGUACAGGUUCAGCUUACUGUAGAUUUCAAGCCUAAUUUACCCCAGGAGACUGAACGGAUACUUCAGUGCCGGGGACGUGUAUUCUGUCUAGAUGAUGAGCCAGGUGUGCACAGAGUUUGGCAGCCAGAUGCAGAAUCACCCGGACUGGCAAUGUCCAGAGCCUUUGGCGAUUACUGUGUAAAGAAUUUCGGGCUUAUUUCGGUGCCUGAAGUUACACAAAGGCAUCUAACUAGCGAGGAUCAAUUUGUUAUCCUGGCAACUGAUGGGGUAUGGGAUGUAAUCUCCAAUCAAGAAGCAGUACAAAUUGUGUCGUCGACACCAGAUAGGGCAAAGGCAGCUAAGCGUCUAGUUCAGUCUGCUGUCCAUGCUUGGAAACGCAAAAGGAAAGGGAUUGCCAUGGAUGAUAUAUCAGCCAUUUGCCUCUUCGUUCACUCCUCCCCUCAAUCUCAACAAGUCCAUGCUGUUAGUACACCAAAAUAGUGAUCAUAAAAUGUAAAUGAGCAAGGUUGUUGUCGCUUCUCCUUGAUGUUCAUUUACUCGAGACAUUUCAAUUUAGUUGAUUAGAAAAGGUGUUCAUGCCA